GCGCACAGUUGGACGUCAGCCGCGUAGUAGCAUAAACAGCUCCUGACGCCAUUCAGAAUUUGCAAAGCAAAAGCGUCCGAUCAGUUUUGCCAUUUUCAAAUCUGCCAUGCCGAGUCGCCGCAAGCUGCACUGCUGCUUCCACACAUGCACGAACGUGCCGCAAGCCGGGUCCUCCAAGUGCACCUUCCACCGGUACCGCGACCGGUGCCACGUUGAGAACUGCACCAACCAGGUCUACGCGCGCCAGCUCUGCGUACGCCAUGGCGGCAAGCGCCGCUGCCAGCACCCGGCCUGCUCGACCAACGUGCGCUCCGGUCGGUUUUGCUCCAAACACAACCCGCACAUUGACAAGCAGUGCACCGAGCCUGGCUGCACGCGCCAGGCCCACGCCCGCCAGCGCUGCAUUCGACACGGCGGUGGCCGGCUCUGCGGCAUGGUCCACUGCGACGCCUACGCACGACGCGAAGGCAUGUGCAUUCGGCACCACCGACUCGCAACGACGACACCGGUGGCGACACCCGAGACGCUCCUGGCGCCGCCGUCCGACGACCUCGAUUUCAUCGACGAACUGGUCAAUAGCCCAGUCUUUGACCACCUGGUCAAAUACUCGGUCGGGAUGCUGCGCGCAUGAUCGUCCUAGCUUGCUAAUUCUCUAACAUUAUUCUUCCGCGUUUCGCGACUUGCUUGUUGGCGUGGCGAAUCAGGCGUGUGUCCCCUCGCCCCAAGUACUGUUGACGUAGCGCCCGCCUGUCUCUGCGCCCACCUGCACGCGCGGCUAUGCUGCGAAUCUCGCGUCAUCUCUGAUGAAGAGUAAGCCUCUUGCUCAC